AUGAGAAUUAGCUGGUGGAUACUAAUUCCUUUGGCUAUUGCCUCAGACUUAUAUGAGUUGGGUAAUAGUCAUAUAGAGAGCGUCAUGAAUAAUUUAGAAAUGGAAGCAAAGAUAGACACAAUGUUAAGAAAUACCCCAGGAAGGUUCAGAGAGUUACCUCAUAUUGUACCAAGACCCGACCCAUUUCAAAGAACUUUGAAAGAUGGAGAAGUUCCUGAUUAUAUCAUCGAAUAUGCCCCAUUGGUACAUCUUUAUUCUGAGGAGAGGUAUUUACCAUACGAUAUCAAGAAAUUUGUCACUAAUUUCCACGUUGAAAGAGGUAAUGGGACCGUAAUUGAAGGCACGGAAGAAGAUAUGAACAUAAAGAAAUUGGGUCAUUUAAAGAAUGAUUAUGACCUUUUCCUUACAUCUAAUUCAGACUUUGAUACUGACCCUGAUUGGAUAACAGGAAUUAAGAACAAGCCUUCAUUGACCACCGGUGAAAUCAAGGAUGCACCAGUUACAUUAUUAGUGGUUGAUAAGGGUAAUGGAUGGGUUGACGCUUAUUGGUUUUAUUUCUAUUCCUUCAACUUGGGCCCAUUUGUUAUGGGCAAUGGUCCUUAUGGGAAUCACGUUGGAGAUUGGGAACAUUCUUUGGUAAGAUUUUAUGAAGGAGAACCAGUAAUUGUUUGGUUGUCUGCUCAUGGAGGUGGACAGGCUUAUUUCUAUCAUAAUUUGGAAAAACACGAAUCCAACCCUAAUCAUCCAAUAAUUUUCAGUGCUAGAGGAACCCAUGCUAAUUAUGUUUCCGUAGGUCAGCAUCCUCAUGAUUUGCCUUAUGCAAUAUUGUCAGAUUUCACUGACCGUGGACCUUUAUGGAAUCCGACCAAAAAUUAUUUAGCAUAUACUUAUGAUGGAAAACAUGUUUUCCCGUCGGAAACCAACCGAAAUCCAAAACACGUAGGUAGAGAAAAAACAUAUCAUAAUUGGUUAGCUUUCAGAGGUUGUUGGGGUGAUAACAAACUUCCGGAUGAUGAUCCACGUCAACAUUAUCUGUUUAUUGGUGGUUAUAAAUACAUCGAGGGCCCCAGAGGUCCCUUAGAGAAGAAUCUAUUGAGAAUCAAACCGUGUGAAAGACAUAAAUGGUGGAAUUUCUGGAAUGGUUGUGUGGUCAGACAGAACAUCAAAUGGGGAAUAGGAGUUGAAAGUGAAGGUUAUAAUUGUGGGAAUCUUUUCGUCAACCUAAGACCUCAAUGGUUGAGAAUGUUAUUACAAAGGGUUACUUGGGGUGGUUUCUUCUGUUAUGUAGCAGAUUUAGUUUAUGGUUAA